AUGUCCGUUCCUUCCCGCCUUUGCGUCGCCCCCCCUCUCGAAGAGCUUUUGGUUGCGCUAAAGGUUCGCGGAUCGUCGGUAGGCCAGAGCAGCACGGGAGUCGUCUGUACGAAGGCGGCUGGAACCGGAGGUCCUAAGGCUGUGCACUGCCCCGAGUCUCCCGAGGGAUGGGAUUCUGUCUGCUUUCUUGUUGUGCCGUCGAACUGCGACGCUGUGAAACUGAAGAUCCAACCCAAGUUCCUGUGCGCGCUGCUCGCGGAGGUAUUUAUCAUCAAGGAGGCGGCCGUUGAUUUCGUGCUGAGACACUUCAGAGUCUGGCCAGAACCUCAUACUGCCGUCGAAGCCAAGCUCAACAAAGUCUUCGAGGAGCAAGAAUACACAGAGGGCGGCAUUCCGUCUCUGGUGGUGCGGCAGGAGCUUGCAGAGGCGCGGCUGUUUGCAGGUCACGAGUUCUUUGUUUGCGGCCAGACAAAGGAGGCUCACCUAAUGAGGACGCUGGUGGCGAUCGGCAACGGUGUACUUGCCCCCAAAGGAGACAAUGCGGAUUACGUCGUCAUCUGCGAUGAGGCACUCCCCGAGGCUCAUGCGCUCAGAAGGCGGCUGGCGAGCCGCAACGAGGACGUUGUUGCUGCUACUCACGGACAAAAGCACGCUUCUUUGGUGACUCCAAAGUUCCUGUAUGAUUGCAUUACGCGUUGGGCCCUGGUUAGACCCUCAAGGCGCAGCGGCCACAUUCCCUUUAAGAACAAACAGCUGACGCGGAAAGCCACUGUGGGGCCCCCCCAAGAGCCUUCCUAA